GCUCCGCCCCUCCCCUUGCCGCCGGCGGGUCAUGUGACGGGCCAAGAUGGCGGCGCUCAUGGCGGCGGUGCCGGUGCUGGCGGCGCUGGGGCUGUGCCUGGGCCUGGGCCCCGCGGCCGCCGCUGCCGCCACGCCGCUGGUGAUCUGGCACGGCAUGGGAGACAGCUGCUGCAAUCCGGUGAGCAUGGGCUACAUCCAGAAACUGGUGGAGAAGAAAAUCCCGGGGAUUUACGUCCUGUCGCUCAAGAUCGGGAGCAACCUGAUCCAGGACAUGGAGAACAGCUUCUUCCUGAACGCCAACGAGCAGGUGCGGCGGGUGUGCGCGCAGCUGGCCGCCGACCCCCGGCUCCAGCGCGGCUACAACGCCAUGGGCUUCUCCCAGGGAGGCCAGUUCCUGAGGGCCGUGGCCCAGAGGUGCCCUGCUCCUCCCAUGCUCAGCCUCAUCUCCGUCGGGGGACAGCACCAAGGGGUGUACGGCUUCCCACACUGCCCUGGGGAGAGCUCCCACCUCUGCGACUGGAUCCGCAAGACCCUGGACCUGGGAGCCUACAGCAAGGCCGUGCAGGAGCACUUGGUGCAGGCAGAGUACUGGCACGACCCGCUGAAGGAGGAGGAGUACAGGAAAAGCAGCAUUUUCCUGGCUGACAUCAACCAGGAGAGGGGCAUCAACGAGACCUACAAGAGAAACCUGAUGGCUCUGAAGAAGUUUGUGAUGGUGAAAUUCCUCAACGAUACCAUGGUGGACCCUCCGAUCUCUGAGUGGUUUGGCUUUUACAAAAGUGGCCAAGCCAAGGAGACCAUCCCACUGCAGGAGACCUCGCUGUACAAAGAGGAUCGCCUGGGGCUGCAGGAGAUGGACAAAGCAGGGAAGCUGGUGUUCCUGGGGGUGCAGGGGGAUCACCUGCACUUCUCAGAAGAGUGGUUUGACAGCACCAUCCUCCCCUUCCUCCAGUGAAGCCCCCCGGGAUCCCUGGGCAGGGUUUUGCACUGUAACCAACACCAGGCACCGUGCACAGCCCUGGCUGCCUCCAGGCCUGCAGGGACGUGGGGAGGGAACCAGAGGGGGUUUAGCCCAGGGGGGUUUGGCUCAGGGGGUUUCCAGGGUGGAAUUGCACUCCCAGCUGGGCUGAGCCUUGCCCUGACUCUGACUCAGGGCCUGGGGAAUCCAGCCCAGCUCUCAGAGCUGCUCUGCACCCCCUGUUCCUGCAGGCCACGCUGGCAGUAUUAACCCAACUCACUAGGGAGGCAGCAGCCAGAUCUCGUGGCUCUGUGCAGGGCAAUCCUGUUACAGCCCCUGCUUCAGGAUGGGGGAAAAGGCCAAAUUUAGGGGUUUCUGGGGAAAAAAAAAAUAAAGAGGGUUUGGAAUUGAGCAGUAUUAACAGCUUAAAAAGUUUUCAACUAAUGGCUUGGUUUAUGUUCUUUUGUACAACUGAAAUCAAUAAAGAACUAACCUAAA